CUUCACCUGGUUGCUUUUGUACAUGUUGGAUUAGAAACAAACUUUGACUCUGGUCUAGAUCCUGGAGGAGCCAUAGCUGCUGGCAAUGGAGCCUUGGGGGGCUGCAAGCCUUUUCCUUCUGCUCUGUGCCACCUGCCUGUUCUUCUUUUCAUCCUGCAGAAAAAAGGCAUCUGGACAUGAGAGGCUGCCUCCCGGCCCCCAGCCUCUGCCCUGGCUUGGGAACCUUCUGCAGCUGGACACGAGGAACUUCCCCGAGUCUGUGGAGAGGCUGAGCCAGCGGUACGGGCCGGUGUUCAGCCUCUCCCUGGGCUCCCAGCGGGCUGUGGUGCUGUAUGGGCACGAGGUGACGACGGAGGCCCUGCUGGCGCGGGGGGACGACUUCGGCGCCCGAGGAACGACCCCCAUCUUGGACAAGACAGCCGACGGCACAGGGAUUGGCUUCAGCAAUGGGGAAACAUGGAAGAAACUCCGUCAAUUUGCUGUGACUACACUGCACAAUUUGGAGAAAGGGCCAAGGAGCCUUGAGAAGCUGAUCCAGGAGGAAGCUGGUUUCUUGGUGGAGCGAUUGCGAGACACAAGGGGAAGGCCCUUUGACCCCACCAGGUUCCUGAGCCAGACUACCACCAACAUCCUCUGCUCGGUUGCCUUUGGGAGUCGCUUUGAUUACGAAGAUGAGGAUUUCCAGAGAUUCGUUCACCUGCUGGAGGAAAAUGCCCAUCUCCAGUCGUGCACAAUGACAAAGCUGUACAAUAUUUUCCCAGCAAUCCUGGAUUACUUUCCAGGAUCACACAAGAAGAUAUUUAAAAAUACAAAUGAGUUAAAACAUUUUAUUUCAAGGAGUGCGAAAAUGCACCAAGAGACACUGCAGCCCAACAACCCCCGAGAUUUCAUCGAUGCCUUCCUUAUCAAAAUGGAGCAGGAGAAACAGAAUAGCUGGUCAGUGUUUGAUCUUCAGAGUUUGGUGAGAAGCACGUUAGACCUAUUCGUUGCAGGAGCAGAAUCAACCAGCCUUAUCCUGAAAUACGCUCUUUUGGUGCUCAUGAAGUAUCCAGAAGUAGAAGAGAAAAUCCUUCAAGAGAUUGAUCACGUGAUUGGUCGAACACAAAGUCCCUGCAUGGCAGAUCUCAAUAAGAUGCCCUACACAGAUGCCGUAGUCCACGAGAUCCACAGGUCCAUGGCUCUCGUGCCACUGAAUGUGCCCCACGCUGUGACGAAGGACACAUUCUUCAGAGGGUAUCUCAUUCCCAAGGGUACCACCAUAUUUCCUGCUCUGAAGCCCUCCUUAUAUGACAGCAGAGAAUUCCCCAACCCACAGCAAUUUGAUCCUGCGCAUUUCCUGGAUGAAAAGGGAUCUUUGAGGAAGAGUGAAUUCUUCAUUCCUUUUUCCACAGGCAAGCGAGCCUGUGUUGGCAAGAGGCUGGCAAGCAUGGCAAUAUUUGUCAGCCUGACGAGCAUUCUGCAACAUUUUACCCUGAAGCCACUGGUGUCUCCUGAGGAUCUUGAUUUGUCACCAGCGGCAGGAUUUCUGACCACUGCCCCCAAACCCUACCAGCUCAGUGUUGCCUCUCGUUGAAGACCAGUGUAGUCAUCACCAUGACUCAGUUUUUGCUUGUGGGAAAUGGCUUUUUCUGAACUUGCAUCCAUCUGCGACAUAAAAAAUCUUUUGUUAUGUAUAUAUUCCUGUCUUUUGAAAUGUUACUGUAUUUCAUGAUGGAUA